GGUUAGGUUUAUAGGUUAUGUCUAAUUGUAAUUGUUUACUUUUUACUAAUAUUUAAUAUUUUGUUUUUCAUAAUUAUUAAAUAUUUCUCCUUGUAAUCAGGAACUAAAAUUGGAAAAGACAUAUUUUGAAAGAAAAAAUGCAGGAAAACGAUGGCCCAUCAGCAAAAAGGCUGAAACUUAAUUCAGAUGGUCCAUUGAAAGCUGAAAUAAGUCCCGAACCCCUUAGUCCCCCUCAAACCAACACAAAAAUACCACGACUAUGUCCAUACCUUGACACAAUUAACCGCCAGUACCUGGACUUUGAUUUUGAAAAGUUAUGCUCUGUAUCUUUGACAAGAAUCAAUGUUUAUGCAUGCCUUGUAUGCGGUAAAUAUUUCCAAGGCAGAGGCACAAAUACACACGCUUACACCCAUUCAGUAGCAGAAGGGCAUCAUGUUUACUUGAACCUGCACACCCUAAAGUUCUACUGUUUGCCUGAUAAUUAUGAAAUUAUUGAUUCUUCCUUAGAUGAUAUAAAGUAUGUAUUGAAUCCCACUUUCACUUCAGAACAUAUUCAGAAUUUAGAUGGCAGCACAAAGUUGUCCAGAGCUAUAGAUGGUUCGUUAUACAUGCCAGGAAUAGUUGGUUUAAAUAAUAUUAAGGCUAAUGAUUACUGCAAUGUUGUUUUACAGGCACUGUCGCAUGUUGCCCCACUACGUAACUACUUUCUCAGAGAAGAAAACUACUCAAAGGUAAAAAGGCCACCAGGUGACUCAUCUUACUUACUUGUCCAAAGAUUUGGUGAGCUAAUGAGAAAACUGUGGAACCCAAGAAAUUUUAAAGCACAUGUCUCCCCUCAUGAAAUGUUACAAGCUGUGGUACUGUGGAGUAAAAAACGAUUCCAAUUUACUCAGCAGGGAGACCCAAUAGAUUUUCUAUCAUGGUUUUUAAAUGCCCUCCAUAAAGCCCUUAAUGGCACAAAGAAAAAAGAUAGUUCAAUAAUUUAUAAAUCAUUUCUGGGCAAUAUGAAGAUAUUUACAAGGAAAAUUCCACCUAUUGAGAUGGAUGAAAAGCAAAAGAGAACCCUGAUGCAAACCAGUGAGUACCAAGAGGUACAAACUGAGUCUACUUUUCUUUAUUUGACUUGUGAUCUGCCUCCACCUCCUUUGUUUAUUGAUGAGUUUAAAGAGAAUAUUAUUCCGCAAGUGAAUCUUUAUCAACUUUUAAAUAAGUUUAAUGGUCAGUCUGAGAAGGAAUAUAAAACUUAUAAGGAGAAUUUUCUGAAAAGGUUUGAGAUUACUAGGCUGCCCCCCUAUUUGAUUCUGUAUAUUAAGAGGUUCACAAAGAAUACGUUCUUUAUUGAGAAGAAUCCUACUAUUGUAAAUUUUCCAGUAAAAAAUGUCGAUUUUGGUGAGUUCCUGACCCCUGACGUAAAGGCGAAACACAAAAACACCGUUUACGACCUGGUGGCGAACAUUGUCCACGAUGGAGAGCCAACUAAAGGCACUUACAGGGUGCACAUUCUACAAAAAUCCACCGGACAAUGGCACGAAAUGCAAGAUUUACACGUGACGGACAUUUUGCCCCAAAUGAUUACGUUAACGGAGGCUUAUAUUCAGAUUUAUGAGUUACGGACGUAAAUAAUGUAUAAAGUAAAGGUUUUUAAUAAAGAUUUAAGAGUA